CCGGCGCCCCGCGGCGGGAAGAGAGCAGCCCGCCGGGCGCGAUGCGCGCCCCGCCCGCCCAGGCCGUCCCCGGGCUGCCUCUAGCACUUGGGCGCCGCGGCCGGGCCGCGAGCUCUGAACGCGCCACCGUACAGGAUUCUGCAUCAGAAGCAUGUAAAAUAGAUUGUUUGGUCUAAACUAGAAAACAGUGGCAAUGUUUUGCUGAGUUUCCAGACGUUUCCCAACAUGGAACCAAUAACCUUCACAGCAAGGAAACAUCCGUUUCCUAGCGAGGUCUCGGUGGAAUUUAGCCUCCAGCUGGUGGGCUUCUUACCCGUGCAUUCUCUGACCACCAUGCCCAUGCUGCCUUGGGUCGUGGCAGAGGUGCGAAGGCUCAGCGGGCAGUCCUCCACAAAGGAGUCUGGUACCAAGCAAGUCCACCUUUGUGUUUCGCCCUCCGGACUGAGAUGUGAGCCUGAGCCAGGAAGAAGCCAACAAUGGGAUCCACUGAUCUGUUCCAGCAUCUUCGAGUGUAAGCCUCAGCGAGUUCACAGACUGAUUCAUAACAGUCACGACCCAAGUUAUUUUGCUUGUCUGAUUAAAGACGAUGCAGCCAGUCAGCAGAGUAUCUGCUAUGUGUUCAAAGCCGAUGGUCAAACAAAAGUGCCUGAGAUCAUCAGCUCCAUCCGGCAGGCCGGGAAGAUCGCCCGCCAGGACGAGCUCCGCUGCCCUUCCGAGUUCGAUGACACUUUCGCCAAGAAGUUCGAGGUGCUGUUCUGCGGCCGCGUGGCGGUGGCGCACAGGAAGGCCCCGCCCGCCCUGAUCGAUGAGUGCAUCGAGGGCUUCAGCCACGUGAGCGGCGGCGGCUUCUCCUCGGAUCAGCUCCGGGCUGCGCCGCAGCCGCCGGGGGACCGGGAGCGGGGCCCACGGCCGAUGCGCAAGUCCUUCUCCCAGCCCGGGCUGCGCUCCUUGGCCUUCAGGAAGGAGUUUCAGGACGCAGGCCUGCGGAGUAGUAGUUUUUUCAGCUCCUUUGAGGAGAACGACAUCGAGAACCACCUGAUUAGUGGACACAAUAUUGUGCAGCCAACGGAUAUUGAGGAAAAUCGAACUAUGCUCUUCACGAUUGGUCAAUCUGAAGUUUACCUCAUCAGUCCUGACACCAAAAAAAUAGCGUUGGAGAAAAAUUUUAAGGAGAUAUCCUUUUGCUCUCAGGGUAUUAGACAUGUGGACCACUUUGGGUUUAUCUGCCGAGAGUCUUCGGGAGCUGGAGGCUUUCAUUUCGUCUGUUAUGUGUUUCAGUGCACAAAUGAAGCUCUGGUGGAUGAGAUCAUGAUGACCCUGAAGCAGGCCUUCACAGUGGCCGCGGUGCAGCAGACAGCGAAGGCGACGGCCCAGCUGUGUGAGGGCUGCCCCUUGCAGGGCCUGCACAAGCUCUGUGAGCGGAUUGAGGGAAUGAAUUCUUCCAAAACCAAACUAGAACUCCAGAAGCACCUGACAACAUUAACUAAUCAGGAGCAAGCAACUAUUUUUGAGGAGGUUCAGAAAUUGAGACCAAGAAGUGAGCAGCGAGAGAAUGAAUUGAUUGUUUCUUUCCUGAGAUGUUUAUAUGAAGAGAAACAAAAAGUUCACAUCCAUAUUGGGGAGAUAAAGCAGGCAUCACAGAUUGCAGCAGAGAAUAUUGGAAGUGAAUUACCAUCUAGUGCCACUCGAUUUAGGCUAGAUAUGCUGAAAAACAAAGCGAAGAGAUCUUUAACGGAGUCUUUAGAAAGUAUUUUGUCCCGGGGUAAUAAAGCCAGAAGCCUCCAGGAGCACUCCGCCAGUCUGGAUCUGGACAGCUCCGUGUCUAGCACAUUAAGUAACACCAGCAAAGAGCCGUCUGUGUGUGAAAAGGAGGCCUUUCCCAUCUCUGAGAGCUCCUUCAGACUCCUGGGCUCCUCGGAUGACCUGUCCAGUGACUCAGAGAGCCACGCCGCAGAAGAGCCAGCCCUGCUGUCACCCCAGCAGGGCUUCAGGAGGCGUGCCAACACUCUGAGUCACGUCCCCGUGGAAUGCCAGCAGCCUCUGCAGCAGGCACAGGGAUCUCCAGGGGUCUCGCAAAGGAAACUUGUGAGGUAUCACUCAGUGAGCACAGAGACGCCUCAUGAACGAAAUGGGAAUCAUCCCCCUGUCGGCGAGUCUGAAGGUGGCUCAGGUCAGUCCUCAGCUGCUCCUCCACCUCGUCUUACCCCCUCCGCCUCCUCGCCCAAUUUCUUUAAGUACCUCAAACAUAACCCAAGUGGAGAACAGAGUGGCAAUGCCGUGCCAAAGAGCAUCUCCUACCGUAAUGCCCUGCGGAAAAAACUUCAUUCUUCUUCCUCUGUGCCAAAUUUUCUAAAAUUUCUGGCUCCUGUAGAUGAAAAUAACACCUCUGACUUUAUGAACACAAAAAGGGACUUUGAGUCCAAAGCCAGCCAUCUUGGUGACGCCAGCGGGACCCCCGUAAAGACACGGAGACACUCGUGGAGGCAGCAGAUCUUCCUUCGAGUGGCCACCCCGCAGAAAGCCUGCGAUUCUCCCGGCAGACACGAAGAUUAUUCAGAGCUGGGAGAGCUUCCCCCACGAUCUCCUCUAGAACCAGUUUGUGAAGAUGGACCCUUUGGCCCUGUCCCAGAGGAAAAGAAAAGGACAUCUCGUGAACUUCGAGAGCUGUGGCAAAAGGCCAUUCUACAACAGAUACUGCUCCUCAGGAUGGAGAAGGAAAAUCAGAAGCUGCAAGCCUCUGAGAAUGAUUUGCUGAACAAGCGCCUAAAGCUUGAUUAUGAAGAAAUCACUCCUUGUCUUAAAGAAGUAACUACAGUGUGGGAAAAGAUGCUUACCACUCCAGGAAGAUCAAAAAUUAAGUUUGACAUGGAAAAAAUGCACUCGGCUGUUGGGCAAGGUGUGCCGCGACAUCACCGGGGCGAAAUCUGGAAAUUCCUAGCAGAGCAAUACCACCUAAAACACCCGUUUCCCAGUAAACAGCAGCCAAAGGACACGCCAUACAAAGAGCUCUUAAAGCAGCUCACCUCCCACCAGCACGCCAUUCUCAUCGACCUCGGGCGAACCUUUCCAACACAUCCAUACUUCUCUGCUCAGCUAGGAGCGGGGCAGCUGUCACUUUACAACAUUUUGAAGGCCUACUCGCUUCUAGACCAGGAAGUAGGCUAUUGCCAAGGUCUCAGCUUUGUAGCAGGCAUUCUGCUGCUUCAUAUGGGCGAAGAAGAGGCAUUCAACAUGCUCAAGUUUCUGAUGUUUGACAUGGGUCUGCGGAAACAGUAUCGGCCAGACAUGAUUAUUUUACAGAUCCAGAUGUACCAGCUCUCGAGGCUGCUCCACGACUACCACCGAGACCUGUACAAUCACCUGGAGGAGCACGAGAUCGGCCCCAGCCUCUACGCCGCGCCCUGGUUCCUCACAGUGUUCGCCUCGCAGUUCCCCCUGGGGUUCGUAGCCAGAGUCUUUGAUAUGAUCUUUCUUCAGGGAUCAGAGGUCAUAUUUAAAGUGGCUUUAAGUCUGUUGGGAAGCCAUAAGCCCUUGAUUCUGCAACAUGAAAACCUAGAAACUAUAGUUGACUUUAUAAAAAGCACACUACCCAACCUGGGCUUGGUGCAGAUGGAAAAGACCAUCAGUCAGGUGUUUGUGAUGGACAUCUCUAAACAGUUACAAGCUUAUGAAGUUGAGUACCACGUGCUUCAGGAAGAACUUAUCGAUCCCUCUCCUCUCAGUGACAACCAAAGAAUGGACAGAUUAGAGAAAACCAACAGCAGCUUACGCAAACAGAACCUUGACCUCCUUGAACAACUGCAGGUGGCUAAUGGGAGGAUCCAGAGCCUGGAAGCCACCAUUGAGAAGCUCCUGACCAGUGAAAGCAAGCUGAAGCAAGCGACCCUGGCCUUGGAGCUGGAGAGGUCAGCCCUGCUGCAGACGGUGGAGCGGCUCCAGGGGCAGACGGCAGAGCUGGGCGGCCCAGAGCCUGACCCCAUACCACCCGAGCCUGCGGGCCACUGACGGCCGGAGCCCAGCCCCCGCCAGAGCGCAGCUCCAGAACCGGGUCACCACCGCCCUGACACUGUCCAGGCCUUAACUGAGAGAGAUGAAGAUGCCGGAGGGAGAACGGAGCGUGAAGCGUGCUUCUCAGGGAGGAGACUGGCUUGCCAGCGCGCGGAUUCUUCUGAACUAAGAUUCGCAGUGCAGGGGGCGAACGUCCUGGUGGUGUUGUCGUUGUUUAGGUUCUAAUACGUCCCCUCUCCGGUCCCGGUUACUGUACUCAGUAGAUUUAGAUGGCAUGGACUUGAAAUAAAGCACUUUUGUGUUUCUUUAUCGUUUCCUUCUUCAGUAUCGCUGUGUCUGUAAAGGGCAUUCAUAAUACUGUGGGAUUUCAGAAGCCGGCGAGGCUGGAGGUGAUGAUUCCUCUGGCCAACAUGUGGCCCUUCGUUCUUCCAAGGAGGGUUUGUGUGACUUACACCUUCAGUGUCACCAGCAGGGGUGCGGUUGGCCCGUGACCAUGCUUGUUGUGGAAGCCCCGAUUACCACUGGGAAAAAUCGGAAGCGAUUUAUUUAAAACUUGACAUCUUAUAUUUGAUCACUGUGCUUGGUAUUUAAUGAAGUUUGUCUUUUAAGAAGAAUAGUUUUCAUAUACUUUUUGCUUAGCCCUUAAGUAUUGAUCACAGUCAUUGUAGAUACACGUUUCAUGGGAAAAUCACCAAUUUUUAGACUCUGCCAGGUAUUGCUAGCGUGCGACCUGCAGCUGUAGAGUCUGAGAGGUUUACUUUGUUGUGGUGUUUCAUAUCCAUAUUUCAGAAUCGUGUAUUCAUUUUUGCUGUCGUGUGAUGUAAUGCAGCCGUGUGUCCCUUUGAGUCUCCACCCCUUGGGAAUCGGAUUCCUUGCGGAAGUCGCCCUGCAUGUCAGGACUUCCAGGGGUCCCAGACAUUCUGGGGCUUUCAAAGUCUUCAGACUUUCGGCCUGAAAUUGCAUCAACUGUACGGCAGCUGAGAGCAGUUUUUGUGGUGGGACGUGCGUUUUGAAUGUAACUCACAACCCAGCGACCCCCUCCCUCAGGAUGAUGAGGACCCGGUGCCUUCAGCCAGCAAAAGGCUGCUCUCAGUGGCCCUGGUGUCAUCUGGUCGCCAUGUGAGGCUCUUCCCCAUGAUCUCCUGGAGCGGGUGGUGGGUUAGAGAGGAGCCGUGGAGGCAAGUUCACUUCCAGGACAGCAGAACCAUUUCUUCACUGUAUCUUCUAACUACUUCUAUUCCACAGGAGUUUUUCGACACACCCUCCGUGGUGGGCGUCUCUUUCAAGCCUGAGGGGUGAGGAAGGGCUUUCAUAUCUGGAAUCUUUCUAGAUCUCCCAAGACAUUUCCAAGGGAGGCACACGUGCUGCCGCUGGUGCCUAAACAGUUGGUUGACAGUGGGGACUCUUUGCUGUUCCCCAUGUCAUAAACCAUGAUGACAAGCCCAGUAGCCUUUAUCCUGUGUUGUUCCACCAGCUACAACUUAAAGGAGUUAACAUUUGAGGGCUUCUUUCCAUAUACUUUACUGUUUAAAUGUUCAAUAAUGUUCAAUUUGGCAUCUUAUUACCAUUACUCAAAAAUAUCG